AAUCUAAAUUCUAUAACCACGAUCCGUAAUAAAAUAUCUUUCAAAACCUCAAAACUUAAAUCAAACCAAAAUCAUUAGUAAAUCUUGUCUGGUGUUUGUGUCAGAGUUUGUGUUUCAUAGGUAUUGACAAAAGUGUUAGUGUAAUGUGUUUGGUGUUUGUGUGCGACGAGGAAGAAAGGGUGUUGGGGAGACAGACAGCACCGGGGGCAUGCCCUUAUUGUGGAGGGAUGGUUCAGGCCAUUGAUGUAGAGAGCCAAUGGAGAUUCUGUUUUCUACCCUUAUGCUUUAAGACCAAACGCAAAUACUAUUGUACCAUGUGCACAAGAAGACUAGAGACAAACACCAUGUAAUUUUGGGGACUACCUCCUUUUUCUAGUUAAUACAUCUCAUGGCUUAUACUUGUAUAUAUGUUGGACAUUAGCAAUUUUAAUUGAAAAAUACUUGCUUUUGCAGCCCAGGAAAUCCCACGUUUGUAGAAUUUGCGUUAAUGGCUUUCGUUGUAGAACUUGUGAUAAUUUGUUGUAACAGCGUUUGCAAUAUUGGAAUUAAUGCUGAUGGAACAUGUAAAAUA